GUCUGCGAUGACAGCAGGUGGAUGAUUUACACUUUUAUUGUUUUUACUUUCACAUCGCCUCCGCAUCCAGUUAACUGGUCGGAAAUAUCCCACGGUGUUUGAUAACAUCAACAGCCAUCAAAUAAUAAUCACAUUCAACACAAAAAACAUCCUCUCGAAGUUAACAAAAAAACGCAACCGGCGGAGUCUGGAUUUAGCAGGUAGCGCCUCUUUACACUGUCGCCAUGUUGUCAGCGGAGGAGAUUCUGUGCAGCACGCAGCAGGUCAUUGCUGGGCUGGAGGCGCUAAGAGGAGAGAACCGCAGCCUGCUGGAGACCCUGCAGCAGAGCCCCAUAGCGGCAGUGGUGGAGAGUGGCAGUGUGGAGCAGGAGAAGAGCGGCAUCAUCCGUCAGUCCCUGGAGAGGAUUGAGCUGGGCCUCAGCGAGGCGCAGGUGAUGAUGGCGCUGUCCGCUCAUUUGGGUUCGCUGGAGGCUGAGAAACAGAAGCUGCGAGCUCAGGUGCGUCGCCUGUGCCAGGAGAACCAGUGGCUACGGGACGAGCUUGCUGGCGCCCAGCAGCGUCUUCAGGACCGCGAGCAGGACGUGGUCACACUGGAGGAGCAGAACAGACACCUGCAAUUCAUGUCCUCCAUACGCAAAUACGACCAGGAGGAGGCGCCGCUGGAUGACAAGAACACAUCCUCUGCCAAAGAAUCUCUUGACGACCUUUUUCCUGCUGAGGACGAGGAGUCGUCACAAAUGUCAUCCGCACCUCACCACAGCAGCGCAGCCGCAGCGGCCCAGCAGGGUGGCUACGAGAUUCCCGCCCGCCUUCGGACGCUCCACAACCUUGUCAUCCAGUACGCCUCGCAGGGCCGCUACGAGGUCGCCGUCCCGCUCUGCAAACAGGCGCUGGAGGACUUGGAGAAGUCGUCCGGCCACACCCACCCUGACGUCGCCACCAUGUUGAACAUCCUGGCGCUGGUGUACAGAGACCAAAACAAAUACAAAGAAGCUGCCAACCUGCUGAACGACGCACUGGCCAUCAGGGAGAAAACACUGGGAGUGGACCACCCUGCUGUUGCAGCCACGCUGAACAACCUGGCAGUGCUUUACGGCAAGCGAGGCAAAUACACGGAGGCUGAGCCACUGUGCAAACGAGCGCUGCAGAUCAGAGAGAAGGUUCUGGGCACGGACCACCCCGACGUGGCCAAGCAGCUGAACAACUUGGCUCUGCUGUGUCAGAACCAGGGCAAGUACCAGGAAGUGGAGCAGUACUACGAGCGCGCCCUGCACAUCUAUCAGAGCAGGCUGGGUCCCGACGACGCCAACGUGGCCAAGACCAAAAACAACCUGGCUUCCUGUUACCUCAAGCAGGGAAAGUACCGCCAAGCAGAAGCGCUGUACAAGGAGAUCCUCACCAGGGCGCACGAGAAGGAGUUUGGAUCUGUGGAAGGUGACGCCCGGCCCAGCUGGUCGGGUGGAGACGACCCCCAGUCCCGUCAGGAGGGUCCCCUGAGGCGCAGUGGCUCCUUCACCAAACUGCGAGAGUCCAUACGACGAAGCAGUGAGAAGCUGGUCCGUAAGCUGAAGGGCGUCGGCGCGGAGGAUGCGGCUCCCAGGAAUGCUGGGAUGAAACGAGCCAACUCGCUCAACGUUCUCAAUGUCGGUGGAGGAGAGAGUCAAGAUGGCGGCCAGUCACGCUGCCUGAUGGACCAUCGAGGACUGAGCUCCAGCACGCAGAGCCUCAACAGGAGAGGAUCGCUUGGCACCAGCUAACGUACACACACACACACACACACAGUCUACAUUGAGGGUCCAGUUCCAUUGAGUAAAAAAAAUGUAUUUUUUUGUUUACAUACGUUUUGGUAGCGUGGAAACACAAAAAUGGGUCCCAAAGUGCACAAAACGACAAUGUCGUCUCAGAACAUUCUGGUAUUUCACAACCAAAAAAAACAAUGUAGGAUGUUUCUGGGCUGUCACAUGACUUGCGUAAUGUUUACGCAUGUGUGUGUCACAUACAUAACGGACCCGAGUAUUUCUGCAUACAUUUACAUUCCAGGUGAGGACACAAUCAUUUCUUCCCGAAUACGAGUUGAGUAUAAACUUGUAUUUCAGACAUUUUUAGGUGCACCUUCACUGAUAUUGGGACGCACCGAUGCGUCAUGACACACUUUGCCCAGCAGGGGCGCAAGGAGUUUAAAUGAUUCCUGUGAAGAGACAAACGUUUGCACAAUCAUCACACGACUAAAUGUUUGCUUUACGCCUUGCCUUUAAAAUGAUUACCAUUUUCACAUCAUCUCAUUUAAGCUUGUUUACAUAUCGACAACGGAACUUAUUUAUCCUGGAAGUUUGGACGGACGGUAGAAGCUUUUUGCACAUUUACUCUUAACGCUGCAGCGCAUGGACAAUUGGAGGCGGGAUCAAGUCAAUAUUUGGAGCUCAGCUGUUGGAAUAAUGCUUAUUUAACAUUUUGAAAGAUAUAUUUAUAUAUUAACGCUACGUAACAUUUCUACUCUACUGGAGGAUUUUAGUUUGUCAUUUGGACUUUUUGUAACUCGAGUUUGGAGAUGUUUUUACGACAUGGUUGUAGUUUGCUAAUGUUAGCCGUCUCAUUGAGAAGUUGUCAUAGAAACGAGUCUAGUCAGUACAAAAUCUUUGUUUUGGAAUAUCUUGGUGGGCAAUGGAAAUAAAUGUUUGUGUUUAUUGUGGAUGAUGAUGUACUGUUGUUACAGGCGUUGGUGGCAAACUAUGGGCUAGAAAUUCAAAUACAAGACAUGACAUAAAAUGUACAGCGGCAGUAGACAACUAAACAGUAGAGUCUGUAUGACAGACAAGGUCAUGAUGUCACUUUCAGCUCUGAUGAGCCAUCUGAGCGAUCUUCUUGAGCAUGUCCUCCGACUGCAGCUGCUCCAGUGUCAGCAGCGACAGACCCAAUUGGUCCUCCUUCACAGCAGGGGGCGACACAGGGGAGACGGGACUGUUAGCGAGGUGAUGACGGACUUUAAGAUUUGCGUUUUUGUGGAGCGGGACCUGUCUGAAGGGCUGAGCCAUCUGUCGCAGGAAGUGCUUGGACAGAUGCACCGUCUCGUCCACGGUCAGGUUGAGGCUGCCUUCGUUGAUGUGUUCCUGGAUCCAGCGAGGAAGCUUCCCGCGCUUGUCGGCUCGGGCGUAGCGCUGCAAGGAGGGAGGAAUGUGAUCACACAAAAUAUAAGGCAAAAAACGAUGAAGGCUCCUGGCAAAUAAGGGCUACACUGCCUCAUAGAGUAAAGAAAGCAUUAUGAGACAUGUUGAAUUGUCAAUAAAGUUCUUGCUGGUGCACGGCCGACAUCAAGAAGAUCAGGGAGGAGCGAGAACUAAAGACAUGUUUACCUUGUCUGCAAAAACCAUGAGCCCAUAGUCGGUCUUGCCUCGUAUGGCUCGGCCCACGCACUGAGCGGCGUGCCGCAUGGCAUCAAAGGUGAGGAAGUCGUUCUCUCGGAUCUGGAACUGGUCUCGCAGGUACUCAAGGCGGGCCUGCACAAGGCAGUUCCACGUCAUGUAGAUGGCAGAACGCACAUCAUGGGUAUGGAUGGAAAGAAGAUGGAUCUGACCUUCAGGAUGCGACUCUGCGUGUAAACGUACGGAACGCCAAACAUGAUGACAGCGCGGCCGAAGUGGUGCACUGAAGAAAGCAGAGCAGCACUUAGAAAACAUGACCUGUGUUUUUACUUGCACUUUCAUGAGCAGGUACCAAAAUCGAUGCCCUCUGACACUUUCCCUCUGGCGACGGAGAGCAGGAUGGCUCCGCGGCCGUUUUCACACGCCUAAAAGAGGCAGAGACAGACGUCACAGGUGAACAGUCUUUGCCAUUGAUGACGGCGACAUUUAUGACCUCGUGGUACUUCUCCAGCGCCAUGCUGGUCUCGGCGGCGUCCUGUGUCUCGAUGAAGAUCAGCUUGUUCUUCUGAAUGUUCUCCAAAAUGCCCUGCGAGCAAUGAGAAGUUAGCAUGACGCUAACCACGGCGCCGUCAGAGAUGGACUGAACAAACGCUGACCUGUUCAUACCAGGACGCCACAAUGUUCUCCAUGUAGAUGUAGCUGGUGAAAAACGCCACAAUGCCAUCGGGAACAAUGGCGGACAUCUCCAGAAGCAGGUUGCCGUAGUUACGAAUCACAGCUGAAAUAAAAACAGAUGUUUUUUUUUUAGGAUGUACAACACGACAAAACAACCUUUCUACUCACCAAAAUCCUCUCUGGUCUCAAACUUUGAGCUGAGAGCCACCUGGUCGUUCCCUCGUCCAACAAUCUGCGAAGAUGAGGAGACAGGAUGAGAGUAGGACGCGGCGCCGUCACCGAGGACAUGUUGAGAGCGGCGCACACACCAGCGGGCAGAGGCAGGUGCGUGCCAGUGUCAUGGUGAAAGAUGCCAUGGUGACGGGCCGGAAGUCCAGGAUGCGAGGGUAGACAUCCAGUGGGGACAGCGUCUGCCGGGACAAAACCUUGAGGUCACAUGAGGACAACACGAAAGGUCGAGGAGUAGGACGAGCAGCUUACACCCGAGGUUAUGAUGACCGACUGGAACCUCUGGAAGACUGGCUUGAUGGCGAUGGACGGGUCCAUGCAGCUGAGGGCGAAGAAGACCUCAAGUGAGAUGUUACCUCCACUAGGGUACAACAUAUGCUAAUUCCAAAAUGUUUUCAAAUUACGGCACCAUCUUCUAGGAAGCAGCAAUUAAGGGUCAAAAUGUGUGCAGAGUACAAAAAAUGUGUACAUGUUGGCAGAAGUAAUGAAUGCACCUACCUGAAGUGUAAGAUGGGGUUAGCAAUGGUUGGCGUCCUGUCUUCAAAGGGCUCGAUGAUGAUGGUGAAACCUUUAGAGCAAGAAGAUUCCGUCAUCACAGAGGCGGCUCAAGUCACGCCACGAGGACGAUGGCAAGCGCACCUUGACUGUACGUGCUGACCAGCGUGGCAAAGUUGGAGAUGAGCGUGACGGCGGAAAAGUCAGCGAUGUCGGCGAUCUCCAGGGUGCGUAACAACGACUGCAGACGCUCCGCGCAAAACCUGCACAGAAGACACGGGUCAGGGGUCCAAUGAGAGAUGGAUGGAGUGUCACAUGACAGGAGGCCACGCCUCUGAAAAGAUGGGAGACCUGAGAGGUUUACGGUCGAUGCAGACUUUGUCGAAGAUGUCUUUGAGGAACUGCGGGGUGCUCUCUUGAACGACGUGCUGCACCCUCAGACGAGACUUUAAAUAUUCCAUGAAGCGCCUCAGGAAGCCCACAAAGUGCUCUGCAGUGCGGAUGGUGCCAGGAACCGCCUCUGUCAUCGGCAGCGGUCCCAUCAGUAUGUCGGGAUAGUGACUUUUUUUUUCAUGCUCAUCAUGCGCCCUACCUUGUAGGAUCUCAUCUGGCAACACGGGAUUGGCGAGGUAGACGUCCGUUUCUCGAGCGACGUUGGCCUCCUUCAGACCCUCCACUAGUCGCCUGUACUCCUCCUUCAGUUUGGCAGCGUCUGUCUCCUUGAUCCUGUCACAUGACAGGAAGUUGAAUGAUCGGUAGAUGUUUUGUUAUAGACAAAAGUACAUUUUCUUCAUAUUUCACUUGCUGUCCUAUUCUAUGUAGUGUCAUUUAUUUUUGGAUGUCUUGAACAAAAUAACUACAAAGCAAUCUUCACUCGCUAAAUGUACUGCAAAAAAGGUCAGUAAGGAUAAUUCAUAAUACCGCCUAUAGAGAACAUACUAACUCCUUAUUUCUAAAAUCACAAAUACUUUAACUUGCUGAUAUAGUUCAUCUUCAAACAGCUAAAAUAAUGCAUACGGCUAAAAAUAACCAAUUACCUAAAAAUGUCAUCCAGUACUUCGCUACAAGAGAGGAGAAAUAUGAUCUCAGGGAAGAACUAAAUUUGAAACACUUCUAUGCUAGGACUACGUUAAAAAGCCAUAGCAUUUCAGUAUGUGGAAUCAAACUAUGGAAUGGAUUGAGUAAGACCCUCAAAAAAUGCACAACGAUGAGACAAUACAUGAAACAAUACAAGCAGUUGAUGUUUGCUAAAUACAAGGAUGAAGAGUAUAUAUAUCUAUAUAUAUCUACUAUACAUAUCACUAUAUUGACAGGUACUAUGGUACCCAUUAUGUCAUUGUAUGGUCAUAUCACCUUGUACUUCGGUACGAGGUACAUUAUUUAAAAAAAAACAACAACCUUAAACUGUAUUAUAGAAAGCAGGAAGUGAACAAAUGUAACAGUGACUGAUUGUAAAAGUACCAGAUGGAGGGGUAGGAUUUAAUAAGCUUUGCUUCUUCCUACUCCUUUUGGACAUGUGGAACUGUGAACUGAUUAUGGGACGCACUCAAUUGUAAUGUGGUGCAUGUUCAAAUGAAAUAAAACCAUUACUAUUACCAAAAUCA